GUUAUUUGUUAUUUUUGAUAUGACUUAAUAUUAAUAUUAUUCAUCAUGAAUAGUAUGAAUAGAAUAUUUCGACCAACAAAGCCUAUUUCUAAAUAUGUCACUUAUAAACCGAAUGAAUUUAUGUCUAAUAGUCAAAAAUUGAUGAUAGAACUUGGGCUUAUCAGACAGAGUGCAAAUGGAUUAUUUCAUUUCUUACCAUUUGCUCAACGGUCCUUAGAAAAAUUAACUUCAAUAAUUAAUAAAAGUAUGGUUGGUAUAGGAGCUCAGAAAAUCUCUAUGCCUGUCCUAGUGAAGUGUGAUUUGUGGAAAAAAACUGAUCGUCUCAAUAGUAACAUAGAAGAUCUUUUUACUGUAACUGAUCGUAAAGAUAAAGAAUACUUGCUCAGUCCGGUAAUGAUUAUUUUUAAAGUUCAAUAUUUAAAAUUGACUCAUGAAGAAGUUGUAACAGACUUAUUUUGUUCAGAUCCUGUAACUUACAAAAAAUUACCAUUGCUUUUAUACCAAAUCGGAACUAAAUUUCGAGAUGAAAGAAGACCAAAAUUAGGAAUUAUAAGAUCUAAGGAAUUUAUCAUGAAGGAUUUAUAUUCUUUUGAUAGGGAUGAAAAAAGUGCUGUGCAAACUUAUAAUUCUGUUUGUCAGGCUUAUGAAGAUAUAUUUAAUCAUAUUGGAGUGAAAUAUAUUAAAGUUGAAGGUGCUUCAGGAAUGAUGGGUGGUAGUCAUUCAAAUGAAUUUCAUUUCCCUGCAGAAGUAGGAGAUGAUACAUUAUUACAAUGUAGAAAAUGUAGUUAUGGUAUUAAUAAAGAAAUUCCACGGGAAUUUUCUAAAUGUCCCCUUUGUUCUAGUAUCGAUAUUAUAUCAACUAAAGCCAUUGAGGUAGCACACACUUUUCUUCUUGGAACCUUCUAUUCAAAAGCGUUAAAAGCAGUAUUUUCAGAUGAAGAUGGUUCUUUGAAAUUUCCAUUUAUGGGAAGCUAUGGAAUAGGUGUUUCUAGAAUUCUUGGCGCAUCUUUAGAAUCUCUGAGUACACAAGAUGAAAUUCGAUGGCCUUAUUCAUUAUCACCGUUUACAGUUUGCAUUAUUCCAGCAAAAGAAGGAAGUAUUGAAGAAUUUUCUAGCAAUGAUAAGCUAAAUUAUUUGUACACAAGUUUAGUAGAAAUAUUUGGGGAUGAAGUGAUAGUAGAUGAUCGAAAUAAUAUGACAAUCGGAAAAAGAUUUAUUGAAGCUAAAAAAUUAGGUUUCCCAUUUAUUAUUACACUAGGGCAAAAAAUUAAUCUAGACCCAGCACUAUUUGAAUUGUAUGACAUAAGUUCUAAAAAUUCGAAUUAUUAUGAAUUGAAUGAACUUCUCAAUGUAGUAAAAAAUCACCAUAUUAGGUUGUCCAAAGUGUAUAAUUAAGUUUAUAUUUUAUUAAAAAUCUUUCAAUUAGUAAAAAUGUAUAUUAAUAAUAAGAAAAUAAAUAACUGUGUCUUAAAUUUUAA